UGUCUGUUUACAAGAGGUUUUCUGUUUGAAAUAAGCAAAUAAAAAGUUCUGUAACCAGCGAAGUUGUCUUAAAAUGGGAUUAACCGAAAGCAAAGUGCCUUUCGAAGAAGAUGCGGGUUCAGAAACACCGAAAACGGAGAAGGAAAUCGGCGUUUGUGCAAUGUGGGAUCCACGAUCGCCCAGCAAUGAUUUCGAGAGGACACCGGUUUUUGAUCGGAUUGAAAGAGUAAAAAUACGCGAUCAAGAAGACAUUGGUGCCGUCGUUGGGGACCCUAGAUCUCCCUCAAAUGAAAUAACACGUACUCCGGUCACUGAUGAAAAUAAAAAGUCGUCAACUGACAAUAUUUACAGCGAACUCCGAGCACAAUUGGAAAGGUUACAAAUCUAUGAUGGCAGCGGCAUUCACAAUACAACAGCAAGCAGUGAGAAUCUGGGCAAUGAUUCAGAGAGUAUUAAUGCUGUGGCUCAACAGAAAUCCGUUUUGAAAUUACUGGACGAAGAAUCGUCGCCGAAGAACACUGAUUCACUCUGCAGUCUACCCAGCACACCUCCUUGCCCUAAAUCCCGUAGCACACCAAGACAGUUGACCCCUAACUCCCCCGACACCCCAGGCAGCGCCUUCAGGGGGGAAACAGACGAGCUCAUCAAAAGAAGAAAGCCUUUGUCAAAGAAACAACGCAGCUCCCAGAAUGAAGAUAAACUCCAGAGAAAGGUGUUGAAAAAAGCGUUGUUAGGCGAGCAAGCGACACGCUCACCUCUUGGCGAGAGGAAUGGACCAGUAGUGAAAGAUGGAAGAGCAGGCGUGAAUGGCAAGAUGAAAAACAAGUCCAAUGCGUUCGUCAAGUAUCGAAAAUAUAAUAGUCUAGAUGAAUCGUUCAAUGAUAGUUUUUCUGGAAAGGAAAACGAACAGAUUAAUGUAUGGUAGAUUUUAAAAUAGUCACUGAGGGAAUAUAUUAUACCGUGUCAAAUGGUGACGCUGACGCGACACAACUCGAAUCCAGGCCCUGUUACACUAUCAGUCUAAUCAGGUCCCUGUUCGAAUUAUGGAACUUAAAAAAGCUAAUGUUUAUAUAAAAAAAUGGCUAUAAAAAAUUGUAGUGUGAACAGAGCUUUUAUAAUCACUAGCCAAUAUCGCAUAGUCAUGAUCAAUGUAUAUAUAACUACGAGCUGUGAUGAAUAUUCUAAAAUGUACAAAUUAUAUCUAUAUAUUUUAUAGAUAAUUAGUAUACACAAUAUA